UGCAGAGAAACAGCUGUUCGAUUGUAGAGUGCAGUGGGUUCUUCCUAUUUUGUUAUUCAAUAAUUGUGAAAUGUGCAAUUCAAUCAAUUAAACCGGUAUAAUGCAAGCACUGAGAAGAACACGACCUUGGGGAGCUGUCUACUGGAAUAGCUGGCGGCGCCUGCUAACCCAAAGCUGCACCCGGAAUGAUAAUCCAGAGCUAACCAGUGAUGUCAAGCACCGGAUUGAGGCUCAUUGGCGGGAGCAGCUCAGUGGAGGACAGUUCAAUCCCAAGGACUCGCAGGACAAGUACUACGUGCUCUCCAUGUUCCCGUAUCCCUCCGGCAAUCUUCACAUGGGCCAUGUGCGCGUCUAUACCAUAGCCGAUUCGGUGGCUCGUUUCCAGCGAAUGUGCGGCAAGAAUGUGUUUCAGCCAAUGGGUUGGGAUUCCUUUGGGCUGCCCGCCGAGAACGCCGCCAAUCAGCGUGGGGUGGAGCCCGCGUCCUGGACGGAGCAGAACAUUGCCCAGAUGAAGGAACAACUCAAGCGACUUGGUUGCUCCUUUGACUGGAACCAUGAAUUGUCCACCUGCAGUCCAAAAUACUACAAGUGGACGCAGCAUCUGUUCCUAAUGCUCCAUCGCCAUGGAUUGGCCUACCAGAACGAGGCUCUUGUUAACUGGGAUCCCGUUGAUAAGACCGUGCUCGCAGAUGAGCAGGUGGACGCCAACGGCUGUUCCUGGCGGUCGGGCGCCAAGGUGGAAAAGAAGCUUUUGAGGCAGUGGUUUAUCCGAACGAGUGCUUAUGCCAAACAAUUGCUAGACGGUUUGGAGGAUCCCACGCUUCGCGACUGGAGGGAUAUUAUUAACCUGCAGCGACACUGGAUUGGAGAGUGUGAUGGAUACGCUUUCAACCUGCUCACCUCCGCCUCCGGACUUUUACGAGUGUGGACUACCCAUCCGGAGCAUUUAAAAGAUCCCCAUGCCUUUCUCGUGCUCCGCAGCAAUCAUCACUUGUCAAAGCUAAAGGGUGCGGACAGCCUAAGCGCAGCGAACCCGUUUGCGGGCACCACAAUGCCUGUGGUCUUUAGCGACGAAGUGACAUUUCCGCCAAAGAGCGAUGUUUACCUGGCAGCCCCCAGCUUCCGUGGCGAAGACAAGGAUUUGUGGGAUUCAUAUGGACUGGCUUUUACUUCAAAUGGCAAGGAUGAGGAAUCCCUAAGUCCAGCCAACUGGGAAAUGUUAAGGAAAGAGGUGCUCCAGGCAGCCACACGCCUUAAUGUUGGCGGCUAUCGUGUAUCCUCAAAGCUGAAGGAUUGGUUGAUAUCACGACAGCGCUAUUGGGGCACUCCCAUUCCUAUUGUACACUGUCAAAAGUGCGGAGCAGUGCCAGUGCCGGAGGAGCAGCUGCCAGUGUCUCUGCCUCCGAAGGAUUCCCCGAAGGAAGCGUUUCUCUGUGAUUGCCCAAAAUGCGGUGAGAAGGAUGCACGAAGGGAGACGGAUACAAUGGAUACAUUUGUGGACAGCUCUUGGUACUACUUGCGUUACUUGGACGCCCAAAAUUCCGAACGCAUUUUCGAUACAGCGCUGACCAAGAAGUUUAUGCCUGUGGAUCUGUACAUAGGAGGCAAGGAACAUGCCGUGCUCCAUCUUUACUACGCCCGCUUUAUAAACCACUUCCUGCACAGUUGCGGGCUUUCGCCCACUAGCGAACCCUUUUCCCGGCUGCUAGUCCAGGGCAUGGUGAUGGGUCGCUCCUUCCGGGUGAAGGGCAGUGGACGUUAUGUGCCCGAAACAGAAGUGGAGAUUGUGAACGCCAAAAAGAACCAGGCGGUGCUAAAGGAAACCAAAGAGCCCGUGGUCAUGACCUGGGAAAAGAUGUCUAAGUCAAAGCUGAAUGGGGUGGAGCCUAGCGACAUGUUUAAUGAGUAUGGAACGGAUACAACGAGACUGAUCAUAUUGGCCGAUGUGGCGCCCACAUCCCACCGCAACUGGUCCAGUGCAACUUUUCCUGGCAUCCUUAAUUGGCAAAAGCGGCUUUGGCUGACCCUGCAGGACUUCCAACAGGCUCGCGAAGAUCAAACUGCUUCGGAUGUUGUACCCACCAGUGAAGAGUUCCUGGCUGAGGAUGCCAAGCUGUUCGAUGCGCGAAACUUUUAUGUGAAAGGAGCCACCUUUAACUACCGCCAUGCACAGCAACUCAGUGUGGCAAUUUCCAAAAUGCAGGGGCUAACGAAUUCUCUCAGGCGCACACCUAAGCAUGUCCUGCGACAUGGAAAACAGUUUGAACGUGCGCUGGCUGCCCAGAUCAUCAUGCUCGCGCCAAUGGCUCCGCACUUUGCCUCCGAACUGUGGUCAAAGUUUGUGGCGAUACCAGGCAGGCUAAAUCCCGCCAGUCAGGAGUUACAGUGGAGCGAAGAUGUGCUUGCUCAGCGCUGGCCAGACAUCGACCCCGCCUACAAUCUGGACCUUAGCAUUAAAGUCAAUGGAUUUGAGAACUGUGUAAUCAAAGUGCAGAGAACGCAUCUGGAUAAGGUAACGCACAGUGAUGCUCUCGACAUUGCCUUCAACACCGAAUCGGUGACAUCGUACCUAAUUGACAAGAAAAUUCGCACCACCAAUUUUGUGCUUUACCCGGGAAUCGAGGCUAUUCUGAAUAUCUAUGUGGAUAAGGCGAAAAUGAAGCAAAAGCCGCCGACCACCGAUGAUGCAGAAGCUCAGCCUCAGGCGUAGGAUAAGGAAAAAGUAUCGUGAAAGUGGAUAGAUAAAGUUGAGUAGUAAAAGUUUGGUUGCUACUUUUUAGGAUAUUCUUGCGAUCAUAGUUCUUAAGCCGAACGGAUUACGGAGGAGAGUGGGUUCAACCUGCCCAAAUGCAUUUCCGGUGUUGGCCAGAAAGGCGCCAUCCUAGAUUGGUACUUUUUAAUCAUGUUUAAUGUUAAAUAUUUAUAAAAAUUGGACUAGUUGUAAGCAGCUGCUUUACAGGAUUGGUAAAUGCCUAGAAUCAUAGGAAUAUAAUGGUUGCUCUACCUGUGCGCCUCUAUCU